AUGUCCGUCACCAACACCUCCUCGCCCGAGGGCAUCAAGCCCUACACCAUCUCCGCCGAUGGCAUCUCGGCCUCCUUCAUCGCGCACGGUGCGAGGCUCACGCAUCUGCACGUCAAGGACAAGGCAGGGGAGGAGAAGGACGUCGUAGUGGGCUAUGAUGAUGUCUCGGAGUUUUACAACGAUACCAAGAACAGCCGGACGUACUAUGGCUGCAUCGUCGGCCCGUAUGCUAACCGAAUCGGCGGUGGGAAGCUCACGAUUGACGGCAAGGAGUACCAGGUUGAUCGGAAUGAGCACGAUGGCGCCAAUACGCUCCACGGCGGGAAGGAUGGCUGGGAUGCUCGCAACUGGGAUGUAACGGACCACUCUAACUCGUCGAUCACAUUCAGUAUGCUCGAUCCGGCCGGGACGAGCGGUUUCCCGGGAGCAACGCAAAACCACGUCACCUACGCCGUCCUCUCCUCCCCUCCUCGCUUCGUCGCCACCUCCACCUCCAUCUCCCUGACCGCCAAGACGCCCAUCAUGCCCACCACGCACAUCUACUGGAACAUCGGCGGCUUUGCCUCACCGACCGUCCUCGAAGACACGCUCCACCUCCCGCACGCGAACCGGUUUGUCGUGGGCGAUUCCAUCCUCGUCCCUACUGGCGAAAUCAAGACACUCUCCCCUGGCGACGCUCUAAACUUUACCGCCCCCAAGAAGAUCAAGGAAGGCGCCCUGACCGCCAAGUUCUGCGGCGAGGGGUGUGUAGGCAUCGACAAUGCCUUCAUCUUAGACCAGCCUAUAUUGCCAGCUAGCGAGUGGUCCCAGGGCCCUGUGCAGCUCGUUUGGACGUCGGCGGAUACGGGCAUCCAGAUGAAGGUACGGACGAACCAGCCGAGUUUGCAGGUGUAUGCGGCGGCGGCGCAGGAUGGGACUAUUCCGCUCAAGAAGGCGCAUAGUCAGGGGAAGAGCACGGGGUUCUUGGAGAAGAAUGGGUGUGUCGUGAUUGAGCCACAGGGGUGGAUUGAUGGGAUUAGCCAGACGAGCUGGGGCCAGGCGGGGGAGCAGAUCAAGGGGCCAGGGGACGCGCCGUAUGUCAAUUGGGCGGAGUAUAGCUUUGGGACGGUAUAG